UGACAUGGAUUUCAUCCCACAUUUAAUGUAGGAGAUGCAGGACACUGUUGUAAGUCCAGAAAAAGCUGAGGAGGUCAAACUGAAGGCCCGAUACCCCCAUCUCGGGACCAGGCCCGGGGGGUCAGAUCUUUUGCGAAAAAGACUCCAAAAAGGGCAGCAAAAAUACUUCGACUCAGGCGACUAUAACAUGGCCAAAGCCAAGAUGAAGAACAAGCAGCUCCCGACAGCAGCGGCGGAGAAGACGGAGAUCACCGGAGACCACAUUCCCACCCCUCAGGACCUGCCGCAGCGGAAACAGUCUCUGGUGGCCAGCAAACUCGCCGUCUAAUGCGAGCGUGGACUUCUGUGCCAUUCCUGCUGUCUCCAUUGUGCUCCCUCAGCCUUAAUCGUUUUGUCUUUCUUUUGCUGUCUUUUCUGACUCUCUCUUUGUCUUCUGCCUGUAGAAACGCUCUCAAUAUACUGUUUUGAUAAGUAAGGGUAUAUGUACUGCUGCUACCAUCGCACUUGGAUCUAGCCGUACAGUCUGAUGUAUUGAUGCCAAGGUUUAAACAUGGGAAUCUGGCCCAACAAGUCAGACCAGCAUUAUUUUAGGGUUUUACACUUUUUCCCAUCACUUUUUGAUCAUCUUUGUGCUGUGCUUGUCUUGAAAUAAGACCUGCAUGAGUAGAUAACAUGGACUGGACUUGAAAUAAUCACAUCCACCUCUUCUGCCAAAACUGUGCCUCUUAGAAGAAGCAAAAGGCCUCGCAGACAUUAGCUGAUUGAGCUGAAGAAAAUCUUAAGUGCUCUCAAAGUUCGUUCGUUGAGAUUUGCUGUUUGCCUCCUACUUGUUAAUUAUGAAAACGACCUUAAAACUGUCAGUUUCUCUCGGGUGGCGUUUGUUUGCCCACACUGAGGAGUGUGUUGAGCUCUUCGCUGGGUUCUCUAGGUUGUGUUGGCAGAACACCUGA